AUGGAUGUCAAGAAAUUGAGAUUGACUUCCACCAUAAAGUUAUUUUUCUUAAUUUUUAUGAUUGUCGAUCUCAUUGAUAUCGAAGCUACUACUUCUACUAGCAGCUAUCACUACCCUGUAGUUACCAAUAACCAGAUGAUUAAAUCUUUGGAAGGAAUAAUUCAAUACUACGAAAAUAAUUAUCAACAUAUCAUACUUGAUGGAUAUUUUGGAUUUACUGGAAGUAAAGGUUUUAUUCGAGCGACCAUUAAGAAUUACCAUGAUGGAUUAUCUACUUUAAAUACUCAGCAAAUUAAUCGUGUACAACAAAUCUAUCAGAGAAUUAUUGCUGUUUCAAAACGGAUUGAACCUAUAUUGGCAAAUAACUCUAUGGCAUACAACACAAUUGGUAAAAUAGUACAAGGGUCACUUCCAGUACCGAAACGAUUGGUUAAGCUGAAUUUUACUAAACUUUACAAUGUCAGCAGUGACGAAAUUUUAUCUCCAAAAUCGGGCUAUAUGAAUAUUUCAGAUUGGUGUAUAGGAAAUAUCAUAGGCUCAAAAGCUCUCCAUGUAGCACCGUGCACAAUUAGUGAUACUUGCUGGACAGGCAUUACCAACUACCAUGGAGGUUAUUAUGGAAUCACACAUCAAUUGAUAACUAUUCUCAAUGGCCAGCGAUUGAAUUGCACAGAGAAAAUGAAUAAAUUAGCUAAAAACUUAGGAGGAAUUCAAAAAGUAAAAGAAGUACUAUGUACUCAAAUUUAUUAUCAAAUGCAGAAAGAAUUAAAGAAAGGAUUGAAGAAUAUCCAGAUGCAGGAUCUAUUUCUAGAACAAAUUUUUGUAUGUGGAGGCUGGAUUGGCUAUCAACAAUUUCUGAAAGCACAAUAUUUAUCGAUGAUGUUAAAAUGGCAAACUAAAGCAGGCUGCUUUAUACCAUAUUAUGGUCCAUUUAUUAGUUUGCACCCCAAAUUCAAUAAAAAUUAUACUCGAGAUAGCAGCCAAUAUUCUUCUGCAACUGAUGAACUACGAACAAAUCUGAUUACACCAGAUGGUUGUUAUGAACAUAGAACUUCAGUAGCUUUGAUUGAUGUAUCGAUAUAUUUAUAUUGGAAUUCGCAUAAAAAGCAAUCAUUGCAUUUAUCAACUAUGACUACAUUGACAUCGACAAGAUACAAGUAG